UUAUCUACGAACGAAGCCGCUUUGCAUACGUCUCAGUCUAAGACGGUCCCACCGAGUUUCUGGCACCGCGUCGCCGUGUCGGAGUUCCUUCCCAACUCUCGAUCGGAAAACCCUUGUUCCCGUUCUAUACCCCUCUCCACUGAGCUGUAAUUUGCAGAAGUAAUCGUUUUGUUGAUGGCGGGUUCAAGAGCUGCUGCUGUUCCCCCGAGUCUGCGAAUCGUCUAAUUUCAGCUACAUGGUUUUGUUUUUGUUUUUUUGUCGUGUAUUGGAUUUUUGAAUUGCAGUUUCGAAGUUCAUAGUCGGGAAUUAAUUAAUGAAAAAGUUAGGAUAUCAGGAGGAUACUUUGCUUUCCUUUACUAGGUGAUUGGGGGUUUAUCUGAAGCCUUAGUUGGUGAAAAUGACUAUGGUCAGCAGAACAAGAAGUAUGUUGGAAGGACUGGUGAAAGAGGGCUCUUUCAAGUGGUUGAAUAAGAAGAGAGGCAUAUUUGAUGAAGAAAUUGAAGAAAUGGAACAGUCUCCGUCAGCUGGGAAGAAUUGGCUGCCUGAGCUCUCUCCUCCAGCAAAUGUCGUUGUCCGAAGAUGCUCAAAAAUCCUUGACCUUUCUAUCCAUCAACUCCAAGAUAAUUUUGAUGCAGAAGCUUCUGAAUCUUUAAAGCAUAAAUCAAACUAUGCACGGAAUUUUCUGGAAUACUGUUGCUUCAUGACCCUUUCACGAUCAAUACAAGUAGCUGGCUAUCUAGAAGACAAUAAAUUCCGACGGCUUACAUUUGACAUGAUGGUUUCUUGGGAGUUUCCUUCAGAUGAUUGUGGGACAUAUUCCAAUCAGGUGGAUGGUGAUGUAACAGUUGGAAUUGAGGCCUUUUCGAGGAUUGCUCCAGCAAUUCCCAUUGUUGCUAAUGUCAUUGUUAGUGGUAAAAUAUUUGAAGUUCUUGCAGCUUCAACAACCGAUCGCCUUCAUUUUUCUGUCUAUGAUAAGUACCUUAUUCGAUUGGAAAGGGCAAUACGAAAAUUGCAGUCACAAUCAGAGUCCUCUCUCCUUUCUUCUCUGCGAUCUGCAAGAAGGGAGAAAAUCUUGGAAGUGGAUGGCACUGUAACAACUCAACCAGUUCUUGAACAUGUGGGCAUGUCAACAUGGCCUGGACGAUUGACUUUGACUGAUCAUGCCCUCUACUUUGAAGCUCUUCGAGUUGUGUCUUAUGAUAAAGCAAAGGUAUAUGAUCUGGCUAAUGAGUUACAACAAGUUAUAAGACCUGAGCUCACAGGGCCAUGGGGAACCAGACUUUUCGACAAGGCAGUCUUUUAUAAAUCUAUUUCAUUGUCAGAACCUGUUGUCAUGGAGUUUCCAGAGCUUAAAGGCCAUACACGCCGUGACUAUUGGCUAGCAAUUAUCCGUGAAGUUCUAUUUGCCCAUAAAUUUUUACUGAAGUACCGAAUCAGUGGACUUGAGCGUGAUGAAGUGCUUUUGAAAGCAAUUUUUGGAAUUUUGCGGGUGCAAGCCCUUAGAGAAAUGAGUUUGACAACCCCUCUUUCCAUUGAGCCUCUUCUUAUAUUCAAUGUCUGUGAUCAGCUUCCAGGAGGGGACUUGAUUCUUGAAAAACUUGCAAACAUGUUGACAUUGGGGGAUGGAGAUAGGAAACGUACACUGAAAUCUGGAAAUGGUAUGUAUUCAACUUCUGCUCUAUCACUUGCUUCGGAAUUAGGGUUUGUUUUCGGUACAAGUUCUAGCACAACCAGUGACACCAGACUGGUAGUUGGUGAAAUUGCUGUUGGAAAGAUGACUCCACUUGAGAAAGCAGUUAAAGAAGCUAGAAGCAGCUACGAAAAUGUAGUGCAGGCACAAGCCACAGUUGAUGGAGUUAAAGUUGAUGGCAUUGACACCAAUUUGGCUGUGAUGAAGGAAUUGCUUUCCCCUGUGACAGAAAUUUGGAAUUGGAUUAUUUUACUUCUCAACUGGGAAAAUCCUUUGAAAUCCACUGCAUUCUGUUUGAUCUCUACCUAUAUUAUAUACAGGGGAUGGAUAGGCUAUGCUUUAGCAGCAUUACUCAUCCUAUUUGCGCUCUUCAUGAUACUUACUCGCUACAUCGGUCAAGGAACGCCUGUUGACCAACUGAAGGUAGUUGCACCACCUCCCAUGAACACUAUGGAGCAGCUUUUAGCCGUUCAAAAUGCCGUUUCCCAGGUCGAAGAGCUAAUACAGGAUGGAAAUAUCGCUCUUCUAAAAGGGCGUGCCUUGCUGCUCUCUAUUUUUCCACAGGCUACUGAAAAAUUUGCACUUGCACUACUGGCCCUUGCGCUGGUUCUGGCACUUUUACCUGUUAGAUACAUUGUUCUACUUACAUUCUUGGAAACAUCCACACGAUACUCACCUGUAAGAAGAGCGAGCACAGAGAGAUGGACAAGAAGAUUUAGAGACUGGUGGUUUAGCAUACCCGCAGCUCCUGUCCUUCUUGAAAGAGUUGGGGACGACAAAAAGAGAAGGUAACAAUUAAUGUGCAAGUAAGUUUAUUGUAUGAUGAUUGUUAAUUUAAUUAUGCUUUUGUAAAUAUGUAAACAUAUUACAUACCGGCUUGUGUAAUACGUGAAUAUCGAAGGAUGGGUGGAUGGAUAGCCAGGCA